GGAGCUCAGUUGGAGUUUCCUGCGUGAGCUGGUGAACUACCGAAUGAAUGACCCUUCCUUUCUCUAGGAUGGAGAAUCCGGGUGCCCACGGACCUACGGAUCCCUCGGACUGCACUCGCCACCUGGGGCGCACUGAGUGCGAAGUGGGGCGCGGGGCCCCCCUGGCUCCUGGCGCCCGGAAUCCAGCAAGGACUGGGAGGAGCAGAAGCCUGGACGGUGCCCACGGGGAUCGGAGGGAAGGUCGGGUCCUCGGACCCUCAGCCAGAGAAAAUUCGGAUUGUGAGUCCUGGGUCAGAGAGAAAGUCCUCUUUCUUCUGCACCCAGCGAGGUGGCUGGGGACUCAAGGGGACCGCCAUGCAUGGGAAGAGGUGACCGGUGGGGAGGAUCUUCCUCAGGCGAGCAGGGACGACCACGAUCAAGAACCCGACUGUCCUGUCUGUCAACCGGAAAAGAGGAAUUUUGGCAGGCGAAUGUCUGCUCCUUCGCGGCCACAGCCGCUGGACUCCGCAGUUCCACUCAAGCCUGUGCUCGUGCGGGUCGUGGAUUAUCAAGUGACUGAAGAAUUGCUGGAGACCGCGUGGACGAACGGUCAAGUGACCAUGAGGACAGAGGAGCGCUCCAUGACCGCGGUCACUUUCCGCACCCACAGGGCAUGAGACCGAUUUGGGGCGCGGGGACCCUGGCUGUCCUCUCUCAGACCAAGGAUUGUUUCCCGCCCCCAAGGACCUGAUUUCCCUGUGGAGAUUAAACGGGACACGGGAGUCAGAAGAAUCCGAGGAAUGCACGGGUUGGAGGAUGAGCCAUGAUCCUUAAAAGAAAAUGGUCUCCUGGGAACCCCAAGCAGCAACCCCCCAGAAGAACCUGGAACAGGCUGGUGGAGGGCGCAGUGCUCGGGGACGCAGGUGGUGCCCAGUGUCUCUUGGGUCUGGGGACCAAUACCAUUAAAAAAAAGGGGGACAAAAGGUUUUCCAGAUCCUAGCAGAAGUCUGACAUGGAGUGGGAGCCUGAGGAAAGGAAACCUGUCACUCACGAGUGUCCUGCCAGAGCAUCCCCAGUGAGCCUUGUCCUCAACACUAGGAAGCCUCUGAGAACAGCUGGGUCUUGGCUCUAGGGUCUCACCUCCACCUCACACAAGAAUAUUAUCAUCCAAAAUUGUGUUAGGUGAAUAAAUCACAUUAAAGACUACCAGAAGCCACCUGACCAUUUGAAUGACUAUAAGACAAAUGUCACAAUCACAUAACCAACAUGGAUCAGGCAAGUGUCUGCAUCUAAUAAACCCUACCCCAUAACCUUUGUCACCUUUGUAUGCAUCCUGUUUGACUUGCUGCUCUGAAUGUUGGACUUGACAGUACUUGGUACUAAAACUAGAUGUGUAUCUUUAAAAGAAGACAAAAGCUUUCUAUAAAAAGAUAUGAGUUACUCAUGCAGAAAAAUUGGGAGAAAUAUUAAUUUGUGAAGAAAAAGAAAAGUAGAAUAAAAGAGAACAAAAAAG